CCCUUGUGCAUUUUAAACUAAAUAAUGUUGCCUAUAUAAACCCCACGUACGUACCCAUCCUCUCAACUCCCACAAUCAAACCUGAUCCCCUCUCCAUGGCCUCUCCUUCCUCCUACUCCUCCUCCGUUUUGUGUUUCUUGGCGUACUGUUUCUUGGAGCUUUUCGCGGUGAGCACCCUGGCCGCGGCGCCGAGGAGGCCCGUUAACGUCCCGUUCCAGAAGAAUUACGUCCCUACUUGGGCUUACGAUCACAUCAAGUCCUUCAACGGUGGCAACGAGAUCCAGCUCCACCUCGAUAAAUACACGGGAACUGGGUUUCAGUCCAGAGGCUCCUACUUGUUCGGGCACUUCAGCAUGCAGAUAAAGAUGGUACCCAGGGAUUCCGCAGGGACCGUCACCGCCUUCUAUCUGUCUUCUCAGAACUCGGAGCACGACGAGAUAGAUUUUGAGUUCUUGGGGAACAGGACCGGGGAGCCUUACAUACUGCAGACCAACGUGUUUACCGGCGGGAAGGGGGACCGGGAGCAGAGGAUCUACCUCUGGUUUGAUCCAACCAAGGCUUACCACUCCUACUCUGUUCUCUGGAACAUGUACCAGAUUGUUUUUUUCGUAGACGACAUCCCCAUCAGGGUAUUCAAGAACAGCAAGGACUUGGGAGUCAGGUACCCCUUCAACCAGCCGAUGAAGCUCUACUCCAGCCUUUGGAACGCCGACGACUGGGCCACGAGAGGCGGGCUCGAGAAAACCAACUGGGCCAACGCGCCCUUCAUCGCAUCCUACCGGGGGUUCCACAUCGAUGGCUGCGAGGCCUCGGCGGAAGCCAAGUUCUGCGCCACCCAGGGCCGCCGGUGGUGGGACCAGAAGGAGUUCAGGGAUAUCGACUCUUACCAAUACCGUAGGCUCAGUUGGGUCCGGAGGAGGUGGACGAUAUACAACUACUGUCAGGAUAGGUCAAGGUACCCUACAAUGCCUCCUGAGUGCAGAAGAGACAGAGACCUGUGAAAGAAUCAUGAAGAGGUCUGGAUAUGAGCUGUGACCUCUCAUGAUCUAUUCCUGUAUUAAUAAUGAAAAAAAAAAAAAGGAACCGCAGGUUUUGAAUAUUUUGGUGGUGUUUUGUUUGUGUUUUCUUGUUCUCCGUGUUUGUUCCUGAUGAAUGUGGGGGUUUAUGAUAUUCCUGGUGAAUGUUUGGAGGUGUAUGAGGGGUAUAUAUAUAGUGUGUAAUGUUUUUCAUGUUCCUCAAAAUGUUAUAAGGUUUCAUCGAAAACCAAGACUCGUAGUAGAUUCAAGCCUCACGUAUUAAUUGGUGCCGUUCUAUUGGGCUUUA